CAAACCCCCCCGAGUCGCCCUCGCCGUCGCCACUUCUCAUUCAGUCUACUCGCCCUCCCGAGCGAACCGGCGGAUACCCGGCGUUGCGCUGCACACGAGAUCCGAGAUCCCCGCCCGUCUUAUCUCACUUCCUUGCGUCAUCGCCUCUUCGCCGGCGACAGCAGCAUGUGCGCUCACCAGCUUCCUCUCCCCACCACCGCCGCCACCAUGAUGAUCUCGCGAGCAAAAGCAACACCACACGCCCCCUCCACCUCCACUUCUGCGCACCUCCUCCCGCGCACGCCAACCCCACCAUCCACAUCCUCCUUCACAGCGCCGCGCACACCCUCAGGACCCUCCCCCUCCGCAGCCUUCACCUCUGCCACAUCCUCCUUCACAGCACCGCACACACCUCUCUCGCCGCCACCACCGCCCGCACCCACGGUACCAGAAUUCACCCCCCUCAGCCCGAGCGCCCUCUCCACCGCCUCCUCAUCCACCCUCCGCACAGCGCUCUCUCAAGCGCAAAAUCUCAUCUCGCACCUGCGCAGCACCUCCGCCCACCAGCGUCUAGCACACUCCCUACUCCUUCUCGACACAUCCGAGCUCCGCGCCCGCCACCAGGUGGAAGCUGACAUCUCCGCCGCGCAGGUCUCCGUCCUCCGGCAGCAGCAGCAGCAGGUGCAGGUGCAGCAGCCAGUAUCCACGCCCGAUCCGGAGGUGGACAUUUACAAGCGGCGACUGCGCCGGACCAAGCGGCGCCUAGCCGACUGUGUGGCCGAGAACACGGAGCUUCGGAGAAGACUUGGUGACGGCGGCGGGGGUGAAGGGUUGAAGGCGCUGGGGCUGCUGGCAAGCCGGGUAUUGGAAGGCGAAACGUCAAAGUCUAUGCCAAUGCUGAAGCGGAGGAAGCUGGGGAGUCCGGUUGCGUUCCGCGGCGGCAGCGGGAAGCGGCGCAGGAGUCGCGACUCGACUAUUAGCAUCGAGGACGCCGUCGUUGAGGACCGCAGCGGCGCGCCGAAUCCCAGGGAACGCGCGAAGACCGCCGCGAAGCCGCAGGGACUCGGGUUGGGCUUGGGAUUGGGUCUGGGUCUGGGUCUGGCGACGCCGGUUACUCCGCAGCCGGCGAGAGUACCCGCUGCGGGUAGGGGGCUGUAAUGUGAAGUUUUGCGUGUGA